AUUUUUUUUAAACAUAAAGUAGGACAAUAAAAAAAAAUCUCAUUAUAUUUAGUAUUUUCAUGUUCAUCAUUGCAUAAUUCAUACAGUUCCACAGCAGCGUGUCAACAGGCAUACUUCCAAUAAGAGUGAACACUUAUCUUUACCUCCGAGUCUUCCUCCGCCCUCCAUUGAGAGCCAGUUAAUGCAUGUAAUCUAAUAUUUUAGUCUGACUUCCAUCAUCUUUUCCUGCCAUAAUGAAAAAGGCUGACAUGCACAUCAUUAAUAAUUGAUCAUAUGUACAUCAUUCGUAAAGCUCUGUUAGUGUGGUUCAGUCAUGUGUGCAAAAACAGACGAGAUAAGAGCUCAAAUACAGAAUAAAUAUCACACAAACAGCUAACAUUUUACAGUAAACACCUGCAUUUUAACUCGUCUUUUUAUUUUCCGUUUUAUUUUUUACCAAUUUUAAUCUUCUCUCGUCCUCUGCUUCAUAUAGUAAAUAUUUAAAUUUAUGUGUGUUUGUUUGCUGGUUUCUCAGAAAGCCUGAAUGAGCAGAAGUUGACUUGUCAUUUGAUCCCUUAUACAGUAAGUUCUGCUGAUGGGGCAGACGAGCCAGACGGUGUAGUUUUCAGAGAAGAAAUAAAGCCUUCAAUCCAAAAAUGAAAAGUUUUCUUUAAAUUCACUUUCCAGGAAUUUCUUUCUGCACCUUUAGCAAACAUCAAUCAACAAAAGACAAAAACCUGUCGGGUAGCUCUGGUUCUUCUUAAUGUAAAUAUAUCACAAAUAGACACUAAAACAAAAAGACGUGGUGUAAAAGGGCCUAUCAUUUUACAUCCUAAUGUUGUUUUUUAUGUAGUUAUAUAAAGUACAUUUAUAAAAGAUCAUACAAGUAAUUUUUAAUCAUAUUAUCAUUCAACAAAACACAUUUGGCCUACUUGGCUCAGACAUUAAACAGAUGAAGUGUGUCAACAGAUCCAUUUAAUUCCAGAUCAAACAGACUCUGAGAACUGUUUGCUUUGGUUUUUUGUUUUUUCCGUAUGUUGCAAAGAGAGGCAUAAGCUCAGAACGAGGAUGUGAAACCGCAUUUGCCAACAAGGAGGAAGGUACAGGCUUUGUGCUGCAAAGUCUUCAAUUUCACAAACGUAUCUGUGCUUCAUAAACCAUCCUUUUACAAAAAUAUCAGAUGUCCUUAAAGGCACAAAAACAAAAUGCUAUUUUAUUCAUUUUUUUUUUUUUUACAGAACUCAUACAGUAUAGACCUUAAACAUUUAGUUUGAGUUUAGGAACAAAGAGCGCUCUCCAUCCUCCCCCACAUGUUAUCUUUGAAGUGAGGCAACGCUCUUCCACGGUGCUUGCUUUGGGUGUGACUUGUUUUGUGUUCCCGUCGUGGUCACAUCCCUCCCUAUAAGGAUUUGCUUUGGUUUGCUGCUGUCUGUCAUGUCUCCCUCACCUGACUGCCAGAGGCCCCUCCCUUUCUGUUACAUGACCCUUUUGUCCCCAUCACAGCAGGAAGGUAUAAAACAGACAAAGGCAGGUGUGGAUUGUGUCUAUACUGUGGAAGAUCAUCCUGCAAAUUGACCUGAGAGAAGUAACCCUGUGAGUCUGUAAACGCUCAGGUGAGAAUGACUUCCUUUGCCAACCGGGUUGCUCGUCAGCAGAAUCGAGCAGAAGGCGUCGGCACCAUUGAGAACGCCGUGAAGUUUUGUCAGCAGGAUUUUGAGACUCUUCGACAGCAGUGUCUGAGCAAGGGUCGCCUGUUUGAGGAUGACUGCUUUCCAGCUCAUAGCAGGUCACUGGGCUACAAAGAUCUAGGACCAUACUCAUCCAAGACCAGAGGAAUUGUCUGGAAGAGACCCACGGAACUUUGUUCCAACCCACAGUUCAUCGAUGAUGGAGCCACCAGGACCGACAUCUGUCAAGGAAGUCUUGGCGACUGCUGGCUGCUGGCCGCCAUAGCCUCUCUGACUCUGGAUCAGCAGAUCCUGGCUCAAGUGGUUCCUGCCGGACAGAGUUUCACUCAAGAUUAUGCUGGAAUAUUUCACUUCCAGUUCUGGCAGUAUGGCGAAUGGGUGGAUGUGGUCAUUGAUGACCGUUUACCCACCAGAGAUGGAAAGCUGCUGUUUGUUCACUCAGAGGAAGGCUCAGAGUUCUGGGGAGCUCUGCUGGAAAAGGCUUAUGCUAAAGCGAAUGGCUGCUAUGAGGCCUUGUCAGGAGGAAACACCAUAGAAGGGUUUGAGGACUUCACUGGCGGCAUCGCAGAGAUCUUCACCCUGAGCAAGGCUCCGCCUCAACUCUUCAAGAUCAUCCAGAAGGCUCUACGUCUGGGUUCACUGAUUGGCUGCUCCAUUGCUGUCACCAGUUCCUACGAGACAGAAGCCAUCACAACCCUAAAGCUUGUGAAGGGACAUGCGUACAGCCUCACUGCAGCAGAAGAGGUAAACGUUCGUGGGCAGCAGGUUCAGCUCGUCCGCAUCAGGAACCCAUGGGGUCAAGUGGAGUGGACCGGGCCUUGGAGUGAUGGAUCCAGUGAGUGGAACUACAUCAGUGAAGAUGAGAAGUCAAAGCUUAACAAAGUGGCUGAAGAUGGAGAGUUCUGGAUGUCAUACUCAGACUUCAUCAGGAAUUUCUCCGACCUGGAAAUCUGUAACCUGACCCCGGACUUGCUCACAGACAACUCAGAGAGCUGCUGGAACAACUACCAGUUUGAGGGGACAUGGAGGGUCGGCUCCACUGCCGGCGGCUGCCUCAACCACUCAGCCACGUUUCCAUCCAACCCUCAGUUCUUGGUACAUCUGGAGGACGUGGAUGAUGAUCCUCUGGAUGAUAAGGACGGGUGCACCUUCCUGGUGGGACUGAUGCAAAAGGACGGUCGUCGAAAGAGGAUGCUUAACCAAGAUCUGGAGACCAUCGGCUUUGCCAUCUACAAGGUUCCAGAUGAGUACAAAGGCUGCAGCAACGUUCGCCUUGGCCCAGACGUCCUGCUGCGUCAGAGGCCCGUGGCCAUGAGCAGCACCUUCAUCAACUCACGGGAAGUGUGUGGUCGCUUCACACUCCCUCCUGGAGAUUACGCCAUAAUCCCAUCCACCUUCAUGCCUCACAAGAAUGGCUCUUUUAUUCUCAGGGUAUUCUCUGAGAAGAAGGCUGAUACCAGCCGACUUGAUGUGAAAAUGCAUGCUGAAAUAAAGGAGGAGCAAAUCUCUGAAAAGGAUGUAGAUCCUUAUUUCAAGGAAAUCUUCAAGAAGAUUGCUGGCAGUGACAUGGAGGUUUCUACCUUUGAGCUGGAGAACGUUUUGAACGAGGUUGUUUCUAACCGGACUGACAUCAAGACAGACGGAUUCAGCCUUGAGACAUGUCGCCUUAUCGUCAGCCUGAUGGAUAAAGAUGAAAGCGCCAAGUUGGGCCUGAUGGAAUUCCACCUUCUGUGGAGCAAAAUCCAGAAAUAUUUGGAGAUCUUCAAGAGCCUCGACACAGACAACUCUGGCACCAUGAGCUCCCAUGAAAUGAGAAAUGCUGCAAUCAAUGCAGGUUUCCAGAUUGACUGCUCUGUUCUGCAGGCCAUCGUCAACCGCUACGCCGACGCUCAGUACGCCAUCGACUUUGACAGCUUCGUGAGCUGCCUGAUCAAACUGGAAAUGCUCUUCAAAAUGUUCAAAGCUCUGGACAGAGAUGGUUCAGGAAAGAUUGAGCUGAACAUGCAACAAUGGAUGUGCCUGGCCAUUUACUAACUCUCUGGAUGGCACAAGAAAAAAGGACGACAGUGUCCUUAAAGUAAAGGUUUAACGGGUGAAAGUGUCUUAGAAUUUAGAGCUGGAUCACCUCUUCUAAUUUCAUUUUGAGCUCUCUUUUUCUCGCUUUUAUGUCUUUCAAAUAAACUUGUUUGAAAUAUC